AUUCGGCGUCAGAGACAAAUCAGUGAGAGAAAAAAGUCAGCGCUCUACCUUGUCAAGAUGAGUUCUUUCCCUGGUCGAAUGAGGGAAUAUCCGACCAUAUCAAUUGACCGUUUUGACAGGGAUAAUUUGCACGCAAGAGCUUACUUUCUGUCUCACUGUCAUAAAGACCACAUGAAAGGACUGAAGGGACCAUUGCUGAAGAGGAAAUUAAAAUUUAGUUUAACGGUCAAGUUGUACUGCUCAUUCGUAACAAAGGAGCUGCUACUGAGUAAUCCAAAGUAUGCUUUCUGGGAAGAUCACAUCGUCGCCCUUGAACUGGAUAGUCCGUCCCAUAUUUCCCUGAUUGAUGAAGUCACAGGCGAGUCAGAAGAUGUUGUUGUUACACUGCUCUCAGCUGGGCACUGUCCAGGAUCGGUCAUGUUUCUCUUUGAGGGUGACCAGGGUAAUGUGCUGUAUACUGGAGACUUCAGACUGGGUAUAGGCGAUGCUGCAAGGAUGGAGUGUUUGCACUCAGGAAACAGGGUGAAGGACAUUAAAAGUGUCUAUUUGGACACCACAUUCUAUGACCCCAGGUUCUAUCAGAUACCAAGCAGGGAGGCCUGUUUGAAUGGUAUAAGGGAGUUGGUAAAGGACUGGAUAUGUCUGAGCCCAUACCAUGUAAUUUGGCUGAACUGCAAAGCUGCUUACGGGUAUGAGUACCUCUUCAAUAACCUGGCCCAGGAGUUCAACUCUCAGAUCCACGUGAACAGCUUGGGCAUGUUCCGGAAAAUGCCAGAGAUCUUGUGUCAUGUGACUACCAACCGAGCAUCACAGAUACAUGCAUGUAGACAUCCCAAGGAUGAGGAGAUGUUUCGAGCGAACAGGUUGCCGUGUGGCUCCACGGCAACAGAUGGCACGCCGCUUCGCAUCAUCAGCAUUAAACCUUCCACCAUGUGGUUUGGAGAGAGGACCAGGAAGACCAGUGUCAUUGUCAGGAUGGGUGAGAGCUCCUACAGAGCCUGUUUCUCAUUCCACUCCUCCUACUCAGAGAUUAAAGACUUUCUGACUUACAUUAAACCUGUGAACAUCUAUGCAAAUGUCAUUCCCAUGGGCCGCACUAUUGAAGAUGUCACUGAGCUGUUGAAGCCAAUGUGCAGGAAAGACUCUGAGGGAGCAGAAAUUGUCUACAAGCCACUUGGGAUGCUGAAAAGGAGCAGAAAGCACUGUACAUUACAAGGCUCAGAUAGUGAAGACGAGCUGUUUGCAGAGGUGUCUGUGGUGCCAAAAAGGAAGAAAACGGAAAUAAAAGAGGAGGUAGAGCCCCAAAACCCAGAGAAAACUCCCCUCGCUGAGGACCAAUCGCACAUUCCACCAGAACCUCAACUCUCUGUACAGGCAACCAAUUACAUGGACUGCACAGAAUCCAAUGACGACGACGAUGACGACGAGGACGAGGAAUCUGGAGCCCUGACUGCGCCCAAAUCAUCUGGUGACGCCCCUUUCACUGCACCUUGCUCACAGUCAGCUACGCACCGCCCUGAGGCGGCAGCACCCUCUUCCAAAUCGAGCCCGCCUCCUCACACAGAACCUGCCUUACCCUCCUGGAACUCUUUUUUCAAGGUUGAGCCUGCACUGACAGAUGAGAGCUGUGAGAUGAACAGCAGCCAGAACAGCCUGGCUCACUCCACCGAUCACGCCUGCUCUCAUUCGCCAGAGCUCUUCCACGACGAAGACGAUGAGGAUGGUGACGGCUCCGUCCACAUGUCCUCCUCUCAGUCCACUCACAUAUCGGACAUUGGAGCUGAGAACUGCAGCCAGCCUGACACCGUCCUCAUCCUAUCACAGGAGAGUAAGACAGAGCAACUCAAUGGGCAGAGAGAAAUGAGGACCAAUGGUGAAUUAGAGAGUGAGGCCCACAUGCCUGCUGAUGCAGUGGAAGGCCCACGCGACAGCUCCACUGACCAAUCAGAGCGAGUGGAGGAAGCAGAACAGAAACCAGACUCUCAGGUGUCAUCUGAUUUUGAGAUCCCCUUGACGCCAGGCUCCAGGACCCCCAAGCCCGAGGAACUGAGUGAACUGUACAGAAAGAUAGCUGCUGGGGAGGAACUGGUCAUUAGGAGAGUAGCAACAAACAGUAACACUGCAUGUCCCUAA